GGCGCCCCCCCUCAUUCAUUUUUCAAACAAAUACUUGCCGACUUCCUUCUGAGAACACUGUUGACGACACAGAUCUCAUUUUUUCCCUCACAUUGCUCACAGUGGGAUAGUUAUUGAAUGAUAUCAAAAAUAAUGUUUCAGAUACAAACUCAGUAAGUGCCCCAAGAGGGAAGAACAGCUAGAUAUAACCAUAUAUCAGGAGUCCCUAAUCCUCCUGGAGGAUCAGGGAGGCUUCCUGGAAGAAGAUAAAUUCAUGGGAUGAAUAGGAGUUAGCUGGGCAUGGGGGGCACAGGGGGGCAACAGAAAGGGAGAUCGAGCAGAGAAAAGAGCGUCUGCAUUGAUCCUGGGAUAGGAGGGCUUCUCGGGUCUGAGACUCCACUUGACCUAUGUCCUGCCCAACAGUCUGGAGGGGCCUCCCUCAUACAAGCCACCAACCCCCAAGGCGAAGCUGGAGGAGCCCGAGAUGCCUUCCCAGCUCUUCACGCUUGGGGCCUCAGAGCACAGCCCACUCAAGACCCCCUACUUUGAUGCUGGCGUCUCAUGUGCUGAACAGGAUAUGCCUCGAUAUCAUGAGCUGCCCACCUUGGAAGAGCGGUCGGGGCCCCUGCUCCUGGGGGCCACGGGCCUGGGGUCCCCCAUCCUGGUGCCUCCAGGGCCACCGGCUGUGGAGGGGGUUGCCCUGGACUUAGAGGAUGAUGAGGAAGAGGAGGAAGACUAUCUAGAUAAUAUCAACCCCAUCUAUGAUGCCCUGUCCUACUCCAGCCCCUCUGAUUCCUACCAGAGCAAAGGCUUUGUCAUGUCCCGAGCCAUGUAUGUGUGAGCUGCCAUGGCCCUGGCCUCUCACCUUUCACUUUUUGAUUCCUCCACUUUCUGCCAGGGAUCUAGUGCCCCCUGACCUCUGACAAGACCACAGUAUGUUAACACACAAAAAUGCAUCUCAUCUUUGACUUCUGCCUUGGUGGCUCCACUGUGACCUCUAAUCCAUGAUCUCUGACCCAGAGAAACCAGUAAUGACAACAGAAACCUGGUAACCUUAUCUCACAUGGGGGUGGGGGAGUAUGUUCCUGCACAGCCUCUGACCUAAGGACUCCUAAGACCUUAAAUCAUACCUCUCACGUCCCAUCAUCUCCAGACUCCCCCAAAUCCCAAAGAAGACCCCAGACCUCUGAGUUGUCCUCAGGCAGUAAAAUCUCAAUAGUUCUGCUGGGGUAGGUGUUGGGGGUACCCUGUUGCUCAGACCUGAGCCCUCCAGGCAGCAGAGCCCCACUCACCCCCUCCCCAUCCUGUGUUCCCCAAAGGCAAGAGGAAAGGGAAUCCCCGGCCCAAGGCAGAGCUUCCCCAUCUCCUCCCUCCUGCAGGCAGGAGUCUCAGGGCCCAGACCCUUCCCUGAGCCCCCACUACCCCAAUUCCUGUCUACAGGGAAUUAAGCCCCAGUCCAGGACUAGAUGGGGUAAGCCUCAUGGGGUGUGCCUUUCCGGCCCCAGCCUUAGAAGAAGAAUUUGCUGUUAUUUGAAGACUACUGAGUCCUUUUACUCCUGCCCAGUGAGAUGGGACCCAAAAAUCUCCUGGCCGGGGGGG